AUGCCCGCGCCUUCUCUCCUCCAAAAUGUUGCACGCGCGCUCAAACCAGCCGAGCUUUCAGCACCCGCGACCAUCCUCAGCACCCGUGCAGCAGAAGCAGCAACAGCCUCAACCAGCACAGGAAGCCUCCUCAGAGACCAAUGGACAAACCCCAGUGAUGUCCUCUCGGUCCUCAUGAUAAUCGGCGGCGACAUCGUGCAAAAAGCGCUCGCCGAAACGUCAGGUGGCCUCUGCACGCCCGUCUGCUUCUCUUUCGGAUGGGUAGCCUACUCCUUCACUGCUCUCGUCAAUGUCCUCGGUGAUGGGAGACUCCUUCCUGAGCCAGAUUACCCAGUCAAGAUUUUCAAUCUGGACAGUGGUUACGUGAGAGAGAACAAGCACUGGGUUAUCGGCCGCAUAGGCAGGGAUAACGAGACCUUCAUGACGAAGGAACAUCCUCUCGAGGGCAAUGCUCUGCGGAUCUCGGUUUUCGAGGCGGGAAAGUGCACGACGGAUACGUCGGUGUCUGGGUCAGGGAGAGUCAGGGUUUGGAGUAUUAUUACGAUGGUGCUGCAGUUUGGGAUUGCGGCGAUCCCGAUUGGGGUCUGGGGAGAAUGGGGAGUCAUGAUGAUUACUGGGGCCGGGACUUUGGGGGCUCUGGCUGCGGGGGCGCUGCCGCAGUGGAGGGCGGAGAAGUUACCGUCGAGGAGGAAUUCGAAGAAGAAUUUUGCUAUUUCGUCUGGAAAUGGCUCAAGAGAUAUCAUGAUCAUUCUAGGCCGCGGGAACUGCCUAGACUUGGAAGAACUUGCGGUCCAAGAGUCUCCACGAUCAACCAGAAUCUGGGAGAAGAUUGACUUCUUGUCAAAUCAAGUGUACGAUGAAGAUGGCAAGGAAAUGCUCCAUGGGGGUGGGGUCAGGGUCCGAAUAGCCAGAAUGCUUUGGGGCAUUCCUCUUGGCUUCCUGAUGACUGGCACUCUAUGCACAAUCCAGUCCGUGUUCUGGAUUGCUCUUUUGAUCACCGUUGCGGGUCUCAAGUCUCACUCCUGGUUCGUCCUCGCCGUUGGUGCGUUGGGCAUGUUCCAAAAUGCUGCCGUAGCUGCCGUCAGCCGUGAUUCAUCGAAGCGGAAUCUGCCGUUGAUCGUCGUAGACCAGAUAAUUACUCGAAAAGUCAUGGACGGACUCAUGGACUUAGAAAUCGCAUUUCCCGGACAGGCACGACCCUUACUCGACGAGUUCUUUCCCGGAGGCAUAGAAAAGCUCCGAGAAGACGAGAUGGAGUGGUGGGAGGGAAGGUACGAGAGAUAUGAUGAAAAGAGGCUCAAAGAACAUCAACGAAGAGGAAUCCCGCGGUCGAGGAUGCCGACGUAUCAUAAUUCGAAUAACGUUAGGCAUUCUGAUGAUAAUCGCUCCGAGGAUCACGAGAGCGAUGGUCCUCUCCUGGAGCCGGAGACAUCAACUUCUCGCAAGGGCGCAACGAGAUCGCAACCAGAAAACAUAGUGGUGCCAAAAGUGGCCGCUCCCCAACCUCUCUUGGCUGCCCCAUCCGAGACAGUAAUUCCAAUCCCGCGGACUCCUCGACCCCCCGAAGCCAGCAACUCUCCCCAAAAGAGCUAUACUUCAUCGCCACCACACACAGAUUGGCCUAUCCCUUCAGAAAAUAUCAGUCCUACCACCACAACAAGCACAUCCACAAUCAAAGACGUAACCGUCUCAACACCCCCCCUCCCUCCAGAGCAAGCUUCUUCCAACACGAUAUCUGAACCACCGGCAUCGAAAGGAACAUCCAUCCUACCGACUACGAUGUCAGAAUCUCCAACCAAGCAAUUCCACGCAAAGCCUCCUUCGCCGAAGAAGGCAAGGGGCUCGGUCCACUUUGCAGGGGACACGGACACGGAUACCACCGAGACGAAAGACUUCGCUCCAAAGCAGCCAGCGCGUGCAAUGACGCAGCCAGAACAAGGAUCCCCGAAAACUGAGCCCCGUCCUGCGGCGAGUUUGAGCGUGGACGAGAUAUAUAAGAUUGUGCAGAGUCCAGAUUGGAGCUGA